AUGCUAUAUUCUUCGAAACGUCCAUCUGUAGUGUGGCUUUGGUGGCGUCGAAAAUCAUUUUAUCUUCGAAGAUUACCUAUUAAAAAGAUUAUAUUUGUAUUUAUAUGUAUUCUACUUUUGAUUCUACAAAUACCGAAUCCAUUUUCUUCUAUAUACAAACGAAUUCCAAUUAAUCAAAAUGUACAAUGGGAUAGUAUCAAUGGAAUAUUAGAAAUGAAACAAAACAUUCUUCUUAAUGAUUCUCUUUCAAAACAAGUUAAAACAAUAAAACAUGGAAAUGAAGAAAUUCAAUCAUCAUCACAUAUUCUUAUUCUUCUUUAUACAAGUAUUUUUCUUUCGAAAAAAUAUUGUAAUCAAAAAGCUGAUAAUAUAUUUGGUCAAACUUGUCCAUCAAAAGAUCAAUGUCAAUGGACAUGUGAUAAUCGAUAA